UCAAAGAAAGAAGCAAGCUCGGGUCUGUGCAGCCAUCUAGAGGUAACUUUUCUGGAUAAAACCAUGGCUUUCCUAUUUGUGCCUGAAGAAGAGAGGAUCAGACAGAGUGCUUCACAACUGACUGAAAGAAAAGGCAAAGGGACUGCGAACAGCCCCAGCCCCUCCUUUCAAGAUCCAAGUGAACCUUUCUUGUCUUGUGUGUCUAAGACCCUGCAGGCUGAAGUCAUGAUUUUGGGGAGUAUUAACAGAGCUGGGGGGUUACCAACCUUGCUUCGUCCUCCUGCAGCCAUGGUUCAACGUCAUCUAGAUCUUAAACCCUUCUUUUCAUUUCCCAUGGAACCACAACCAGCCAUUGGCCUUUUCCCUAGAUUCAGCACGAUGGAUCCUGUGCGAAAGGCCGUGGUCAGCCCUAAUUUCGGAGUCCCCUUUAUCAGGACCAAGAGGCCAGUGAUAUCCUGCAAUGUGUGUCAGAUCCGAUUUAAUUCAGAGAACCAAGCGGAGGCACAUUACAAAGGGAAUCGGCAUGCUCGGAGAGUGAAGGGAAUAGAAAAUGCCAAGACCCGAAAGAAAGAGGGAGGACAGGAUGGAGACAGAACCACUCCGAUGAUCAGUCCGGUACCCAGCGUCACAGAGAGCGACACUGACAGCAAAGAUCAGCAUGGAAGUGAUGGAGCAGAUUUGAUGAUUGCAGAGAGCCCGGAAACCGAAACAAUCAUGCUACAUGAGAACACGGAUCCAGCAGAAGCAAGCUAUCAGUAUGCAUCUCCUGAGACAGACUUGGGGUGUACAAAGCCACUUUCUUCAUCAGCUCCUGCCAGCAGUGGAACAAGCACAUCUACGUCAGAGAGUGAUGAUGACAGAACCAAGAAACAGUUGUACUGUGCCCUCUGCAAGGUUUCUGUAAACUCUGCUUCUCAACUGGAGGCCCAUAACAAAGGUACCAAGCACAAGACUAUACUUGAGGCUCGCAGUGGGCUGGGUCCAAUUAAGGCCUAUCCUCGAAUGGGUGGUUUGAGCAAUGGUUCCACUGGAUCUGCAGACUCCAAUAAUCAGGAGAGGACUUUCCACUGUGAGAUCUGUAAUAUUAGAGUCACCUCAGAAGGACAACUUAAACAGCAUAUCUCAAGUCGAAGACAUCGUGAUGGUGUGGCCGGAAAACCCAACCCUCUUCUGAGCCGGCACAAGAAACAUCAAACUCUACAAGAACUCACGGCUGGUCUUGUUUUCCCCAAGAACUUUCGCAAAUCAUUUUCUGCAGGUCUUCUUCCCAGUCCACUGGCAGUCGCAAUGGCAGCUGCUGUUCCUUCUCCGCUAGGCUUACAUGCAGCUCCAACACCUUCCCUACUUCAGGCUCCACCUCUUACACACCAUCUUCUCCGACCAGCACCAGGACCCAUCAGAACUGCACAUGGAACUUUUCUCUUCUCCCCGUACUAAGGAGACCUCGCUACCUUCACAUCCAACACUUAUCCACUGGAACCUAAACCUGCACUUAGAGAAAAUGGGGUAGGACUUGACCGAUGACCCCAAGUUCAGCCUCCUAUCCUAUCCUCAAUAAUAUUUAAUAACUGGAACACUCUCCCAGUGCAUGGACACCGAUCUUGCCAAGACACUUGAAACAUCACAGAAGAUAAAGAGUUGUCCAUGUGUGGGACUUUGCCUGCAUUCAGAAAUGAUGAGCUUGAAAAAGUCAUAUAUGGACCUUCUGAAGGUUACAAUGAAUUGGGCAAUGUGUUAGAAAAGAAACAACAUAUACAGAAUUUCCACUUAGAAACAGAUGGAUAGCUCAGGGUAUAUAUUUAGGGAUAGAAGCCUAGGGCAUUAGAGGCCAAUUGCCGCACUCACGUGGUUGGUUCUUCUUCAUAUGAAGAUGCAGUGAAUGUCUGAAAUAUUUGUCUUUUGUUAACCUGAACGAAACAGCAUAUUAAUCCGGGGCAAAGAACCUGCCAACUCAUAAGUAAAUAAACACACUGACAUUUAAACUUGACAUUCACUAGACUCGAAAGGGGAAAUCUGUCCACUGUAAGACAACAUGCCUUCACUUACUGGAUUGAUAGUCUCCACAGAGUGAGGGUGUAUUCAAUCAUUGCUGCUUUGCUUACAUCUCCUGUUCCCUCUUCCACUGAUGAUGGGGGAAGGAGUGCUAUUAAUUGUGAUUUAUGAUUGCCCUUGUACUUCUUCGAUGCCCACCAGACUUUUUUUCCCUUUAUUUUAAAUAAAUAAUCUCCACAGUAUUUUAGAUUUUUUUGGAGGGGUAAGCAUCAUACUUUAGGAGAAGAACAUGCAUUCUUGUAUUUGAUUUACAAUCUCCAAGACAUAUGGUAUAUAAAACGUAUUUGGUUGUUCAUAUCUAGUUAAUACAAAACAUGUUCUGCUGGCCUAUGACCGUAAAACGGAAUUUAGUAUUCAGAUAAUUCAAGACAACACAAUGCUCUUACUGCCACAUAAAGCGGUUCUUAGAAAGACAAAUAUCUCAAGUCAUAAAUUAAAUAUAUCACAAAGUCAAAAUGAAAUGGCUUAUAAAAUAAAAAAAACUUAUAAAAGCAUGGAGAUAUAAAAAACAUGUUUAAUCUAAAUUAGUAUGUACUCUAAAUAAGUAUUCCUACAACAACAAGUUAUAGAUAAAUUAAUACAUACACGAACAUAUAUAUCCGUAAUGAAAAAAAACAAAUAAUUGUAGUUCCUACUUUGGCAACAAGGUGUUGAAUCAAUCAUUCGCCAUAUAGAUUAUUGUAUUUUUGACUACAUACCAUUUUUUUAACCUCUGAAUAUUGUUCUAGAAAGGCAAGGUGAUUUUUCUAGCCCCACCUUAUAUGCUACGCAUUCUGAUGUGAGAUAGAAGGGCAACAGUCACCUUUCAAAAAAUAAAUACAAACUAGUCACUUUCCUAUAGUGCAACUGUAACAAAAUGUAUGUUUUCUUCUCUCCUCGCCCUUUGUGCAUAUCUAUCCUGUAGUCAUCAUUCUUCCCUAUUGCAGAAAAUGUUACAGGUUAUUUGAUCAUUUUAGCAAGUUAGGUGGUAAAGUGAUGACAUGGGCGUAAUUUUCCAGCUGUGGGUGCAAUUUCAGAAAAUUUACUAAGCAGAAUUUUCCUUUUUAUGCUAUGACCUCAAGCAAAAUAAAAGCAAUAUAGUUAUAGUAAUUACGGUAAUAUACCUGCAAGUUAGUGUAAACCACCAGUAGGGGAUGCUAUAGCACAUUAAAAUUGAAUGUCUUUAAAACGUGGCUGAAACAAACUUUAUUACUCUGUCAUAGAAAGAGUGUUAGCUUUGUAGCCAAGGAGUACAUAACAUCUGCAUUGACGUUCAGAUGUCUGCAAUAAGAUAUUGAUCUCCCUUUCCUCAGAUAGGCACUUAAUACGUUGAUUAAAUGAACACCUUGCUUUGGAGGGAUUUCUAGACCUGUUUUCUAGAUCUAUUUAGCAAAAGUGUAAAACCUACACUAUCUGAGUCUUGACAAAAGUAUCACAGUACCAUUUACUGUUUUAUGGAUUGUGGCAGGACAAUGGCAACUUUGGUAUUAUUUAUCAUAUUAUACAGCAUAUUUUAAGCCAUUGGUUUUAUGACAUUUUUUGCUGUCUUUGUGCUACUCAUAAGGGCCUAGAGAAAUGCUUUUAGAAAUCCCUCUUUAGUGAAUAGGGUCACUCCCCCUUUAAACUAUUCGCACUUCUGGGAAAUGAAGCUUUGUGCACUUUGACAAUCAAUUUUAUUUUUGCUGAUGGAUCUUUCAUAAAGACUAUGCAAUCAUUAGGACGAUGCAUUUGCUUGUUUUUUUCUUUUUAUGAGCAUAGAUACAGUCCUUACACAUCACUCACACACUUAGAUUGUCAAUCGCAUGUGUCAGUAUAUCCUUAUGCAUUAAUAGUGAGUGGCUCAGCACUAAUGUCUAGGCACGGUACAUAAAUAUUCAGCUUGUAGACAGGUACGUAGCUGCUUUGCAAAUGGUCAUCACAUUGACUUCUGUCAGUAAAAUGCGAUUAGGAGGUUGCAGACAGCAACCAGAGUGAUAAAUUAUCUUCUAACUGUGGAGAGAAGGUGCACAGGCUGUCACAAUAGUUAGACGCUCAUCUAAUGCAGACCUCACAGUAUUACCGGACUGCAACUUCUAGAACUCUUUGCCAGACACUUGCAAAUUAUGUGGCUGGUUGAGAUUUUUAGAAGCCUUAAGCCAUACAAACUGUCAUAUAGUUUGAACAGGGCCCUCCUCAUCAUUUUAGAGUUUAUUCCCUAAACACUGUGUUGUGCUGAGUUGACAACUGUUUUGCAAAAUUUAGGCCCUAAACAGCCUUUGUUUUCCCCCUAAACUGGCUAUUUUCAACAAAAUUUUAUAGGUCAGCUGUUAGUUUACCUCAGUGUACCAAAACCCACUAUUUUGGGAAUACAACCCUUUGUUUUUGUUUGUCUAAACUAUUUAUGUCACUCACUAUCUGUAAGUUUUGUUUGACUGUUGUACAGCACUGCAGUAUAUGUUUGCAUUUUUUUUUAAAUAAAAUCAAUAUUUAUAAUAUUAAUAAUAACAUGAAGGUCAGUGAUUGAUUACCAUUGGGUUCAAAUUUCCCUCCAACAAAGGUAAAUCACAUAUUUUAUUCUUAAGGAGGAGAAAAAAAAUGUUUUUUAAAGCUGUUGAUGAGAAUUUAAGUUGAUGAGAAUUUAAUCUACUACGUGUGCAAACAUGACAUUUUUCAGUAUUUUCUAUCGCAAAUUUACAUCGCAGUCAAAUACAGCAGCAGAUACAAAGGUUUAUUGUGGUAUAUGCAUUCCCUUUAUGUGUUCCUAAACCUACAGAAAGAAAGGUCAUUAGAUUAUCUGGUGUAAUUUGUAUUAGUAAAUUUAACAGGGUUAGAGCAUUUCACUACUAGAGGGAUCUGCAAUGCAUGUUAUGUACCAUGUUAAAGAUGUAUGUUUUUUUUUUUUAACUGUUCACCUGUUACCUAUAUGUGGGAGGGCAAAGUAACUCCGCUCCAUGUAUAUGUUUGCACCCGGGUACACACUGUUUUGUCAGUGGCCUUAGGAAGCUGCUCUGUGGGAUAUAUUAAAAGCCACAAUUGAUUAGGAUAAAACUGGGUCUUGAGGACCAAUGUAUAUACCUUUUUGCUCCCCCC